UUCUGUGGAGGGACAUAAAAAUGGACGUUUUCAAUUCAUUUCUGGGGAUUUAUUUCUGCAAUUGUUUUCAAUUUAUUUCAAGAACAAUCUGAAUUUAUCUGACAUCUUGUUGAGAUGGACACUUUUUGCAGUGUCCUCCUCCUCCUCCUCCUCCUGGGUGAAGACACGAGGGGGCAGGUCUUGUUGUAGUGGGCUCUAUUACUGCCUUGGCAGGUGACGCUGUAGCUCACACGGGGCUUGAAGAGCUCCCAGCUUAUCUGCUUGUAAUUAUAGAGAGGUGACCUGGUUUCAGCACCGCGGCUCGUCAACAGCUCCAGUGCACAGCGGAGAUUUGUCCGGCCCCUCCCCGCCCCGGUGAGUCUGACACAGCGGCUACCCAGGGCGCAGCCUCGGCGGCAGAAUCAGCACCAGCGGGCGGCCGGAGCGCAGCGCAGCGCAGCGGAGCGGAGCUGUCCACGCAUUCAGCACUUCUUCUUCUGGGGGAGGGAAGCGGACCGCAAAGAGCCGGGAUAUAUCUUCCUCCGGGACGAUCCGAGAUUUCAGCAUGGCGUCAAAAUCCGUCGGCCUUAUCGUCCUUUUCCACCUUCUUGUCCUGAACGUGGUGAGCCAGAGCUCUGCCUUCCCCACACCGACAGCCUCGGCGGAUGAUAAGACGGUGUACAACAGACAGCUGACAGAAGAAAGGCCACUACAGGAGCAGAUUGCUGAGGCGGACAGCGUGAAGGCUGCAGUUCAGUCGGCUGAGAGCCAGCGUCCUGCUUCCUCCAAGGACGGCGAGUUACAGCAGGACCUUGAUGACUUAACCGUGCUGAAGUCACUGGCUGAUGGCCAGAAAUCAAAGGAGGCCGCUGAGGAAGUGCUGCUGAAGAAGGAGGAGCAGUACGUCCCAGAUGAAUCGGACUCCACCAAGAGCCGACGUCUGGCCGAGGACUACGACUCCACCAAGAACGGGAUGGACUACGGCAAGUACCCGGAUGACACUGAGAGCUUCCGCCAGGUCGACGGCACUCCGCUGACGGCAGAGGACAUCGUCCAAAAGAUCGCUAACAAGAUCUAUGAGGAGGAUGACAGAGGGGUGUUCGACCGCAUCGUCUCCAAACUGCUCAAACUGGGGCUGAUCACAGACAGCCAGGCGGACACCCUGGAGUACCAGGUGGCCGAGGCUCUCCAGGACCUCAUCACCAAAAAUGCCAAGAACAAUGAGAUUGAGGACAUCGAGAGCAACGACCAAGAAACCAGGGGAGAGCAGGACGACCAGGGCUCGGACGCAAACACGGACACGUGGGACCAACCCAGACGCCGCUAUGACGGCGACGAGGAAGAAGAUGACGAUGAGAUUGAAGACGAGGUGGACAGGGAUGCAGAAGACGAGGAAGGGGACGCAGAUGCCAACACCUGGGACAAAGAUGCUGAGGAUGGCAAUGAGGUGAGCCCUGAAGACGGCCUCCAGGACCUGCAGUACUUCCCCAACUUCUACCGCCUGCUCAGGAGCCUCGACUCAGACCAAGACACUCAGGAGAGAGAGACACUGAUCACCAUCAUGAAGACGCUGAUUGACUUUGUUAAGAUGAUGGUGAAGUACGGCACCAUCACACCAGAGGAGGGAGUGUCCUAUCUGGAGAACCUGGAUGCUAUGAUAGCCAUGCAGACCAAGAACAAGCUGGGCAAGUCUCUCGGGCCUCCUGAAUUCAUCGGACCCAACGGAAAAAACUUGGACGAGGACGACAACACGAAGGCGGAGGCCGCCAAGAUGCAGAAGGAGUACGAGAACCUGAAAGACUCGACCAAAGAGGAGCAGCCGUCAGCUGAGAGCAAUCGGCCCGGCAAGUCAGAGACUUAUCUGGAGGCCAUCAGGAAGAACAUCGAGUGGCUGAAGAAACACAGCAAAGAAGAAGGCAAAGAUGAUUAUGAUCUUUCCAAGCUGAAGGACUUCAUGGACCAGCAGGUCGACUCCUACAUCGAGAAGGGCAUCAUCGCCAAGGAUGAAGGCGACACCAUCAAGAGGAUCUACAGCAGCCUGUAACGCCGUCCCCCCUCCUCCUAAAUCAUAGGACUCAAUCUGACAACAACAAAAGCCCAUCCACUUCCGGUUAUUUCCCAUGGCAUGGUAAAACAUAUACUGGGUAUUCAAAACUACCUGCUUAGGGGGACUUGUUCACCCUCCCGGACGUUCCCAAAAAUGUAUCAAUGUGGGAUUUAAUAACACUGUCAACAAACAGUGACAUUACUCUUUACGGCUACCUAACAGAUUACAUUUGCACACCAUGAUCGCAGAGAAAUAAUCACUAGAAUAUUACUGAGAGAAUACUGUAAGUAACCAACUCACACGUCCAACUAAACGCUGGCAUUUACUCCAACCUGACUCCCGUGGGAAAUGAAUGUUAUGACAGUACGAUGCUGUGGCUUCGUCAUCAAUGACCGUGUCCAGCACAUCUUUUUGCAACAACAUACACUUAUAUCAAAUUGUACUCAUUCUGUGUAACCUGUCUUAGCCUAUUAUAUUUCUUUUUUCUCCAGUGUAUGUGUAAGAUCUUAAUGUAUUCUUGCUUUUUAUUCUACCAAAAAUAUAUUUGUCGUGUAUCAUGUCAGUGCCCUCCGUACUCCUGUUCAGUUCUGCUGUUGUUCCUCUGGGGCCCACUAGGGGGCCAUGUCUGUACCAUCAACUCUCUCUGCAUGUCUCUGUGAGUGCAACAUUUCCAUCUCUGUAGAGACAUAAGAUAAGUAUUUUUAAAUGUAAAUAUUUGUGAUUUUUUCCUAAAGUUUAAAAGCAAUUAAAGCAUUGCCUUUUCUUUA